CGGAACUUCGAUCUCGUCGAAAUUUCAUAUUUUGUACGUUUUUGAUAAUAAAACGAUAAAAACCUGCCGAAAUGGAGACUUCUCAGAUUCGCCAGAACUACGACCGCGACUGCGAGGCUUUGAUCAACAAAAUGAUCAACUUGGAGCUUUACGCUGGAUACACCUACACCUCCAUGGCUUUCUACUUCAAACGGGAUGAUGUCGCUCUUCCUGGUUUUGCCAAGUUCUUCAAGAAGAACAGCGAGGAGGAGCGCGAGCAUGCUGAGAAGUUCAUGGAGUUCCAGAACAAGAGGGGCGGACGCAUUGUGCUUCAGGACAUCAAGAAACCUGAUCGUGAUAUGUGGGGCAAUGGACUGACCGCUAUGCAGUGCGCUCUUCAGCUGGAGAAGAACGUCAACCAGGCUCUGCUGGAUCUGCAUAAGGUCGCCUCUGAGAAGGGAGACCCUCAUCUGUGUGACUUCCUGGAGACUCACUACCUGAAUGAGCAGGUUGAGGCCAUCAAGAAACUUGGUGACCACAUCACCAACCUUUCCAAGAUGGAUGCUGGCAACAACAGGAUGGCGGAGUACCUGUUUGACAAGCAGACCCUGGACAGCUAAAUGCAGCCCUGAGGUUAUUUAUAUGCUGCAAAGCCUCCAGCCAUAUAUCAAGCAAGAUAUUAUUAUCACAGCUCUUGUUUAAAAUGUUAAAAUUUGAAAAGUUAAACAUUUUUAAGUACCAUAAUGUUCACAUUAGACAAUUCAGUUUUGCUCUCUUUAUUACUUAAGUUGUUAUAGCCAAGACAGUGCUUUUCUGUUGAAUGUGCACUAAUUGGUUUUAACAUGGUGAAUUUGAUGAAUAAACAUUUUUGGCUGGA